GAUCCCUGUUAGUCGGAGCACUCGCUCAAUUGUGUUCAGUUCGUCCAUUGAGACAGAGACCCUUCGGUUCACCUGCUUUUUUUUGUUUGGGUUUUGUGAUCGAAAUCGAAGUGAUUCCUCCAAUAUGAGUGGCCCGGGUCCAAGUGGGGGUGCCUCAUCAAAUAUGAUGUCCAGCCUGGCCGCUGUCGUCAAGGAGGCCAAGGAUGAGGAGAUCCAGAUGCCCAAGUCGGACGACUUCUUUGAGUCGAAGACCUUCCGCCUCCUCACCCUGAUGCUCUACAUGGGCGGGGUAAGCGGCAUGGGUCUCACCCUGGCCGUCUACUAUCUGUUUAUUUGGGACUCGCGGAUGCCGCCACUGCCCGUCUUCAAGCACACCCAUCCCAUCGGCUAGGAUCCUAACCACGGCGGAUAGGAGUCCUCCUUCCAUCCCAAUCACUCACUCACUAACUCACUCACUCACCCCGUGCCAGUGACCAGAUUUGGAUAAAAUUGUGAUACCCGAGAAAAUAGCCAUCCGCCUCCUUAACUCAUCGGAAGUGACCGCGGAGCAGUUCUACAAGC